AUGUCGUCCCUCUCCACUUACCUCGCAAAGAACUACCUCACAGCCUCCAACUCCUCCCCCACAGAUCUCUCCUCCCGGCCCCGAAAGCGCCGAAAGAAAGACGAAUCCUCCUCCAAAAACACAGGCCUUAUAAUCGCUGACGACGACCAAGAUCUUGCCCUCUCCAAACACACUAACACUGAGAUUGACGACGAAAACCCGACCUUCGACAUCAACACCCGCUCCGCCGAAUUUCGCCGCGCGAAAAAGAACAAUUGGAAAACGAUUGGCGCCCCACCACCCACGGAUGCAGAUCAAGCCGCCGCAGACCUUAUCCUCGCUAAUGCAGCCAAAGAUAGUGAUGUGCGACGAAGACAGACGGAGGGCGAAGAUGCACCGGCCAUCGCUGGAGAGACCGAGGAUACAGAACCGCAGAAGGUGAGGGGUGGAAUACAAACUGCAGAAGAAACAGCCCAGCUAGAAGCAGCUGCCCAGGCACGACGUGCGGUAGACGCAAAAGCAUCCAAAAGCAUGCGCAAGGCAGAAGCAGAGGAGACGGUUUACCGUGACGCCACGGGUCGGAGGAUUGAUAUUAGCAUGAGGAGGGCGGAAGCGCGGGCCGCGGAGCAAGAGAAGCUGAGGCAGGAGAAGAGGGAGAAGGAGGAGGCAAUGGGGGAUGUUCAAAGGCGGGAGAAGGAGGAGAGGAAGCAGGCGGUGGAGGAGGCGAGGUUUUUGGGGGUGGCGAGAUAUGCGGACGAUGAGGGUUUGAAUGAGGAGAUGAAGGGGGUGGGAAGAUGGGGCGAUCCCAUGGCAGGAUAUGUGAGUGAGAAGAAGACUACCAAGGCCCAUACGGGUAGAGGUGAGGGAGGCAGUGCAGAGCCAAUGUCGACUACGGUGGCGAGUGGCCAGCGGAGGAAAGAGUAUCCAGGUGCUGCCGCGCCAAAUAGAUACGGUAUACGACCUGGCUGGAGGUGGGAUGGGGUGGAUCGAGGAAACGGCUUUGAAAAGGAGUGGUUUCAGGCAAGAGGGAGGAAGAGCAGAAAUGAAAAUCUGGAAUACCAGUGGCAGAUGGACGAGUAG